AUGCUUGGGAGACUCGCUCAGGGUAGCGGGUUGUGUGCUACUCGAAUUUCCUCUUCGUCUACAUGCCGUGGAAUUGCCAAUAUCCCAGCGCAUGAAUAUCAUAUACGAAUGGAUCAGAAAGUUGGACGAAAACGGCCAAAUCAGGAUGUUCUUGACCGAUUCAAGCGUCUCAACAAUGGAAUGUGGAUCAGAGCCGUGCCAGGAAAAAAUAAAUUAAGAUAUAUGAAAGAUGAAACAUGGCAGACAACGAGUAUGUAUUAUGAAACGUGCACAAAGGACCAAUGCGAAAUGCUCGACAAACUUGUAACACCGUAUUGGCUGCGCCCGAAACACUAUCCGAAUGAUCCUUAUGAGGCCUAUCACGUCCGCCAUGGUAUAUCGAGUCCAAGAGUGAAUGAUAAAGGAAAUUUUGUGCGAGAAAGAAGAAAGGUACUUCUAGACGAUUCGACGGCAUCGAGAUAUUUCAGCGAUUGUUAG